AUGUCGAACGAGAAGGUGUGGAAGGCGGUGCCGCUGCCGCAGCUGUUUCACACCUCCCUGGAGACGGGCGACUGGGUGAAGGCGCUCCACGUGUAUCAGCGACACCCGUAUCACGCACCCCCCGUCGACACCUUUGAUCUCUUGAAGGCCGUCAUGCAUGCGACGGGUGUGCGGGUGGACGACGUCAAGAGCCGAUUUAAUGAGAAGAUACGGUUGUCUGCUAUUCUACAGAAGAAGGCACCGGACGAAGUGGAGUGGAGUGUUUUCUGGGAGGCCUUGAACAAGGGGGACUCCAAAACGAUUAGCGCCGCCCUCAUGGGCGCCCGCCUCUCAAGCAUUACGCAACAGAUUGCCACGGCCGAGGCCUGUGCCGUGUUGUUAAAGGCAGCCGGAGAAGACUGGGAGGCGAAGUUGGUGGACAAUUUUCCAUUUGCGACCGUGACGCGUUGCAAUCUCGUGCAUGUGGCGUUAGUGCAGCAGCGAUGGGACGUUGCGGUGGAGCUGCUUCGCAACGUGCGAGUCAAUCGCAGUGACGUCAUGACCUUGUGGCCGCUGAUUGAAGAGCUCGACUGGGAAAAGGUGCUUCUUCUUAUCUCGGCAUGCCCAAAAAAUUCGGUGCCGUUUGACCUCGCGCUGCGCCACAUUCUUCGCGGUGGAUGCAGCCUGCAGCACCUCGCGGAGCAUUUGGAAAAUGCGCGCGUUCUCGGCGACGCAGACGUUGUGGCGCCGUUGCUGGCGCAUGCGGUAGAGAUCGGCGAUUGGGACUUCGUUGCCAGAGGAAUGGAGCACCUUGUUGACAUUGGACAAAUUACGCAGCCGGCGCGCGAGGUGUUUGAGCAAAUGGGGAAAAUCCACGGCAUGAAGCAGCUCUGCGCUCGCUUGGAGGAGCACCGCAUCCCCCUCCACCACGUGACAGUUGAAAAUUUGGAGAGCCUCCGGUUGUGA